AUGUCUUUAGAAUCAGAUAAAAAUGAUAAUACAAAUUAUUUAUCAUCAUACUAUAUUGAAACAUCUUCAGAUAUUGUUAAGAGUGAAAAUAAUAAAAACAACUUAAAUGUACCUGCUUCUCAAGAACUUAUUGAAAAAAUAUUUUCUACUGGUGACAUACUUAAUCUUAUUAUUAGUAAUAUUUUUACAAUUAAUGAAAAAAAAUACAUAGAAUUAACAUGUCGAUCAUUUUAUAAUGCAUGUAAUAAUUUUACUUCUAAAGUAAAAAAAUUUAGUUUAAAAGAAGGAAAUGGACAUGAAUAUGUAUCAGAUAGGCAACUAAUACAAUGUUUAGAAAAUACAAUAUAUGUCAAUAUUAAAGAAUUUAUUGAAUUACAUACACAUAUUCUUGAAGGAAACAAAUUCAAAAUAAAAACAUGUGCUCAACAAAAAAGUAAAUUAGUUAUAAAAAAUUUAAAUUUAAAAUAUGCAUCUUUUUUCAAUAGUAUUCCUUUUUUUGAAAAUAUUAAAACAUUGAUUCCUGUUUUAAAACCAACACAUAUUACAUUUGAAGAUUAUGGUACAAGACAUUUUGUUGAUUUAUAUAAUAAUAAUUGUAAUAAUAAUAAUAUUUAUGUAAAUGAUUCGAUAUUAGAUAGUGUAAAAAGUUUAUAUUUUAUGUGUUCACGUCAAAUGAUAUUUUGUCUAUUAAAUUUAUUUCAAAAAAUGAAAGAAAAAUCAUUUGAUAUAAUAACAUUUGGAAGUUAUUUUACAAAAGGAUUUUUAACAAAUGAAGAACUAGAAAUAGUAUCAGAAAUAUCAAAUCAUUCUAAAUACAUAAAAAUUAUUGUUAAUGAUGAUAUAACUGGAAAUAUAAAUGAUUAUAUAUAUAAAAAAUUAGAAAAUUUAAAUUUAUUAACAAAUGAAAACAUGGAAUAUGAAUUUAAUUUGUAUUAUUUAACUUUAGAUUUAUAUUUUGCUUAUGACAAUAACAUCGAGGAAAUUUCAAAUAAUGUUAAAUUUCACAAAAAUUAUCUAAAAAUAUAUACUUUUAGAUUUUUUCAAAGUCCUGAUAGUGGUAUUUUUAAAAUUUCUUAUCCAUAUAUUCAUUGUUUAAUAGAAUCACUGUAUUAUAUGAAAAAUUUAAAUACUUUAGAAUUGGAAUUAAAUUUAAUAAAUGAUUUAAAAGAUUUUGAAAAUGUUUUUAAAAAUGUAAGCAAGAAUGUUAAAAAUAUUAAAUUAUAUAUGUGUCAAAAUUUCAAUGAAAAUCAUCUAUUGAUACUCUCAAUGCAUGUUUAUAAUUUAGAAAAUUUGCAGUUAACAAAUGUAAAGUCAAAUAAUAUAACAAUAAAACUUAUAAUUAAAUCAUUUAAAAAAUUAAAAGGAUUAUCAAUAUUAUUUAUUUUACCUUAUAAUAAUGAUAAUAUAAAAGAUGAUAUUAUAAAAGAAGAAAAAACAACUAAAAAACAAAUUUUAAAUUGGCCAAAUUUAGAAUUUUUAGAGAUUUAUUGUUGUGUUAACAAUGAAGAAUUUAUAAAAUUAUUUGAAACUGUUGAAUAUAAUACACCACAUCAGUCAGGUAAACUUUUACUUAUCAGGAAUCCAUUUGAAUAUAGAAAUAAUCGUUUUGUUACAAUGUCAACAGCUAGCUUUCAAAUAAUUAUUCAAAAAAGUAGCAAAAAUUAUGGAAUAUUUAAAAAGAUAUUUUCUGCUGCCACAAAUAUGCUUGGUAAUAUUACUUUAUACGGGACUUUUUAA